GUCACUCAUGAGACCCCAUAACCAAUCACAGCUGUGCUAAUGUGCGGUGGGCGGUACCAAAAUGGCGGCUCUCUGAGUUUGCGAAGAGAAAUUGAGGUGUAAAUAAACUCUUCGUGCACAUUUUGCACAACUUAUCAGCUUAUUUCUGUAAAUUAAUUUAUGAGCGACUACUCCGAAGCCAAAAGAUGUCAGGUGACGGCAACAAAAAACAGUUCUGGAAGAGAAACACAGCCAAGGUUCCUGGGAAUAUCCAGCAUGUUUAUGGAGCCCAACAUCCCCCAUUUGACCCUUUGCUACAUGCCAAUCUGAUGAAAGCAGGAAACAAGCCUCCGUCUACCACUACGCCAGGAAAACCAAAGAAAGCCACCACCUUCCAAGAGUUUGAGAGCAUCACCAGUGAUGCCUGGGAUGUGGGAGACGAUGAUGAUGAACUUCUCGCUAUGGCAGCCCAAAAUCUCAACAUUGAGGUUGUCAUGGAGACAGCCAAUAAGGUGAUAGAAAACCACAGCAAGCUGCAGGAAAGAAGACAGCAGCAGAUGGACAAGAUGACUGAGCCUGAUGAAAAAGAUGGACAGGAAGCACAUGAGGAAGAGGAGAAAGAGCCAGAUGAAGAGGACGAGAGAGAGGAAGGGGCCGAGAUGACAACAGAUCUGUCGUUCAGUUCAGAGACUCUUCCACUAAGUGACAACCGAAUGGUGAAGUCACACAGUGAAGUUCCUGUCGGCUCACCUAAAGAAGUGGGCAUUGAGCAGGCAGUACUACACAGACAGCAGUCACUCCCGCACAGGCCUGUGAUUCCACUGGUGGCCCGCAUUGCGGAUCAGAACACAUCCGGGACUCCUGCCAUGACCCAGAGAGAGGCGUCAAGACUAGACAAGUUCAGGCAGGUUCUGGCGGGACCUAAUACUGAUCUGGAGGAGCUUCGGAAGUUGAGCUGGUCUGGAAUUCCACGGCAGGUGCGCCCAAUCACAUGGAAGCUGCUCUCAGGUUACCUGCCUGCUAAUGCAGAGCGGAGAGAAAGCACAUUACAGAGGAAGCGGCAGGAAUACUUUGGCUUUAUUGAGCAGUACUACGACUCCCGUAAUGACGAGCACCAUCAGGACACAUACAGACAGAUUCACAUAGAUAUUCCCCGGAUGAGUCCGGAAAGUUUAGUUCUGCAGCCCAAGGUAACCGAGAUUCACAUUGACAUACCGAGAACUAAUCCUCUUAUACCUCUCUUUCAACAAGCUUCUGUGCAAGAGAUCUUUGAGCGGAUUCUGUUCAUCUGGGCGAUACGACAUCCAGCCAGUGGUUACGUUCAGGGCAUCAAUGACCUUGUCACACCCUUCUUCGUUGUUUAUGUUUUUGAGUAUAUUGAGGAAGAGGUGGAAAAUUUCAAUGUUUCCAGCUUGCAGGAAGAGGUGUUGCAGAACAUCGAGGCUGACAGCUUCUGGUGCAUGAGCAAGCUCCUGGACGGGAUUCAGGACAACUACACCUUUGCCCAGCCUGGGAUCCAGAGGAAAGUGAAAGCACUGGAGGAGCUGGUCAGCCGGCUUGAUGAGACGGUACAUCGCCACAUGCAGCAGUAUGAGGUGGAGUAUUUGCAGUUCGCCUUCCGCUGGAUGAACAACCUGCUUAUGAGAGAACUUCCUCUGCGCUGCACCAUUCGCCUGUGGGACACUUAUCAGGCAGAGCCUGAAGGAUUCUCUCAUUUCCAUUUGUACGUGUGCGCUGCCUUCCUGGUGCGAUGGAGGAAAGAGAUACUAGAGGAAAAGGAUUUCCAGGGUCUGAUGAUUCUGCUCCAGAAUCUACCCACAAUGCACUGGGGAAAUGAGGAAGUUAGCGUUCUCCUAGCUGAAGCUUACCGGCUGAAGUUUGCUUUUGCAGACGCCCCUAACCAUUACAAAAGAUGAGGCUUCGCCCAGCACAGUCACCGAAUAUGACGAGCCCUACUGACCUCGGAGGCGCAACUGUCUGUGAAAUGAUAUUGAACUGAAACCGUGACAUAUUUAUGGAGGUGGGAAUAUGGUCUGCAGCUGUUCCUGGAAUUUUUCCUAAUUUCUACUAAUAUUAGCACUCCGAAUGCCACGAGUCACCCGGAUGUCAAAAUCAUGCACUCUUGAAAUACACUAAAUUUAUUCUUUUGUUUUUGUAUGCUUUUCUUUUUAAAUUUAAUCACAACCGUUUCCAAGAAUUUUAUUUUAUUUUUUCAAAGUUCAUUUAGACUGCAAGAUUCUAGGAGGUAACCGCAACAGUAGGAUGGAUGCUGGCCCAACUGAUUCAUGGCAAUAAUAAGACAUCACUCAGAAAACAUGAUUUAUAAACAUUCACAGUAAGAUCGUUUGGCUUAAACAGCGCCUACGAACACUUAAUUGAACCUUGGUCUACCUCAAGAAGUGGCCAGAAUUCGUAGGGUGUUCAUUUUGUCUCUGUAUGUGAACAGUGCCCAUGAGGCUUUGCAAUGGAGUCAAUAAAAUUUGCCUUAUUUUGGCUGUUUGAGUUUCGCGAGGCACAGGUUCAGUGAACAAAGGCAGCUGGAGAUGCAAGCUGAAGAACUGAUUUAAUUUUUUGCUUUCUCUGUUGCUCAUGGCCCUGUCAUGUUGACGUCCUAUUUUGAUAUUGAUGUAAUAAUCCGUACUGACUGUACAAUGCUGUCAUUAAUAGAUGUGUUUGGGGAUAUCAGCUUCUGACUUUACAUUUUGUCAGUAUUUGAACUGUGCACUGCUUCAGUCAUGUCAUCAGGCUUUUUAAUUUGUGUGCCAGUUCAUACAACUAAAUAUAAGUGAAACUGCACUUGAUAAGUCUAUUUUCCUCCCUUUUGUACAAGAUAUGUUCUAUGAGUCUGCUUUUUUUAAAUUAUUAUUUUUUUAUAUACUGUUUACAUGAGCCUGUUAAGUUGUGCCUAACUCUAGAGAUUGAUGACGUCACAUAUUUAUUUUACAUUCAUGAUCAUUUAGGAUGUGGCAAAGCAGAACAUUUGCCUUGACAACAUAUACUCUUGCAUAAACCGUGAAUUCAGCAGCUCUACUGGUCUCCUGUUUGAUAGGCUGUAGAAUUGAAGGAAUUUACUGUAACUGACAUUCAGUGCCUGGACAACAUGGAGUUACAGUACGAGCUACGUGGGGUGCUGGGAGAUUUUCUGGAUACCAAGCUUCUUGACUUAGUUUCUUGACUUCAAACAGAAACGUCAGAAUGGAUUUUAAAAGAGGUGUGAGUGAAAUGUUCUAAAAUGUUCUUGAAUUAAAUAGCUGUGUACAGAAUUAUGUUUUCAAAGAGAUGUAAAUAGAAAAAUGUGUAAAUAAAUACUAUAUAUA